ACGCUUUACAAAAAUCAGUGAAUUAAAAAGACACAUUGUAAGUCAUAGUGCAGAAAAACCUUGUUUGUGAAGUCUGUAAAAAAUAUUUUACACGAAAAAAUGCUUUAGAAUUGCACAUGAGAUUACAUACUGGGGAAAAACCAUACAUUUGUGAAGUGUGUCAGAAGUGCUUUGCACGAAAUGAUUCUUUGCAAAUGCACAGGAGAACACAUUCUGCAGAGAAACCUUAUGUUUGUGAAGUCUGUGAAAAAUCUUUUCGAUAUCGUAGUGGCUUACAAAUUCAUUUGAAAAUUCACACCAGAGAUAGAUCUUAUCUUUGUGAAGUAUGUAAAAAAGAAUUUGCAGACCCUUCUGGUUUAAAAAUUCAUCUGAGAAUGCAUGCUGGAGAAGAACCUUAUGUUUGUGAUGUGUGUGGAAAAGGCUGCGCCCGAAAGGGUGAUUUAAAAAAACAUAUUAUGGCAACACAUUCUGGAGUUAAACCUUAUGUUUGUGAUGUGUGUGGAAAAGGCUUUGCCCAAAUGUUUGAAUUAAAAGCACAUAUAAGAACACAUACUGGAGAGAAACCUUAUGUUUGUGAUGUGUGUGAAAAAAGCUUUUCACAAACUUGUAAUUUAAAAAGACAUAUGGCAACACAUUCUGCAGUCAAACCUUAUGUUUGUGAUAUGUGUAAAAAGUCUUUUGCACAUAUUAAUUAUUUAAGAAAACAUAUACAUGUACACAAUGCUUAAAAACCUUGUUUGUGAUGUGUGUGAAAAAGCUUUGCAUGAAUAUUAGGUACUAUAAAAACACCCAUGGCAACACAUACAACAGAAAAACCUUAAGCUUAUGAAAUGUGUGUAAAGCACAUUUCACACAUUUUUUACUUGUGGUAGGACCUCUGGUGAGUCUGCACGGGCAGGUACUACCACCCUGCCUAUUUCUGUCGUGAAGCAGUAAUGCGUUUCAGUUUGAAGG